AUGGCUUCAAAGGUGGACGAAAUGCCAAUGGAUAGGGUCAGGGAAUAUUACGAAGAUUUCGUGCAAACCUUGCGAGAACAUGAGAGAUUCAACAGUCGCAGGCUUCCAUUUGAUCCCGUUCAAUGCUCCUGGCAGGAAGUGAUGAAAGAGCUGGAGAUAGCGACAAAAGCAGCAAGUCUCAACCAACAAGGCGACAAGAAUUUCUUCACCAAAAAUAGAAGAAAAUUGAGCUCUUUAUCGAGAUCAAUUGUACCUCUUUUGAAUGCUAUUCCGGAUGACUUAUGCUUUCUCCAUGGUGGACUUGCAAUUAUCUUCCAUCUUGCUGCGCAAAGGGAAUCAGUAAGGCGGAGUAUCCUGGAUACAUUUGAAGAUAUACCCACCAUCAUCAUCGUGGCUUGUAACAAAUCCCACAGGUUUCCCAGUGACAUCAGGCUGGAGAAGUCGAUAGUCGACCUAAAGAGAACGCUCUUUGCAGUUAUACCAGACUUGAUAAAGCUGCUAAUGCCUGACACAUUCGUGGCCAAAGUGACGAGCCUAUUUCGAGGAUUCGAUCUACCAGACAUGUUGGCUCUCAUCAAGCGAAAGAGCUUAGCUGUUGACAGCCUGGCCAGAGACCUGCAAGAUGAGCUGGUGUUCGAAACCUGUCUCGCCACUAGAAAGAUACAGGAAGUGACAGCAAACACUCAUUCGGGCGUCGAAAAACUUCAAGUCGCAAUACUGAAGCUUCAGCAUCUUAUAUCAGAUAACAUAACAACUUGGGAGCAGAAAGACGAGUAUCUUGAUUAG